GCCCUGCGGUGCGUCUGCGACGCCCUGCGGUCGCGCGCAUUGGAGGAAGCUCUCUCACGAGGAGGAGGCGCCGCCAGCACGCGCGCCGACUAACUGGAUUGGCUGGCGGCCGAUCUCUCGGAGUUGUGUGCGGCUUCUGGGCAGGGGGCCGCCGGCGGCGGCGGCGGCGCGGCGGCAGAGCGCUGCACGCUCGCGACGACCGUCAGUGUGUCGGCGGCGGCGCCAAGGACCGCUCGGUGUCGCGACUGCUCCCGGAGUCGCUGGAGCGACUGAACCCCCCCCCCCCCACAGCCAGCCAUGACAGUCGGAAAGGACGACGCUGCUGUGAAAUGGCUGCGGCCACCAGAGGUCGCCAACGGCGUCCCGGUGCGCCAGGGGGCUGCCGUCGGUCCGACGCCCAUAGCAGCUCCGGCGGCCCGGCUGGCGGUCAGUAACCGACGACUGCCCGCAGCGAUGGCCUCCUCCUCAGCGUGUCACCGCGGUCUUCUGGCCGCCGGCGCCGUCACCCUGGUGAUUGGCGUGCUGGCCGUCCUGCUGAACCAGCAGCUGUUCGACGCCAUCCUGGACAAGAAGCUGGAACUGACUCCAGACUCGGAGGGCUAUGGGUUCUGGCACACGAUGCCGGUGCCCAUCUUCAUCAAGUUCUACUUCUGGAACGUGACGAACGCGGAAGAUGUGGUCACGAAUCACGCCAAGCCCAUCCUGCAGCAGCUCGGCCCUUAUGUCUACACUGAGAAGCACCUGAAGGUGAACAUGACGUGGAACGCCAACGACACCAUCACCUACAUGCAGGUGAAGACGUGGCACUUCGAGCCGGACAUGUCGGCAGGACGGCUGGACGACAACAUCACCAGCCUCAACGUGCCGCUGCUGGCGGCGGCAGCGAUGAUCAAGGACAUGGAUUACUUCAUGAAGGUCAUGUUCAACGAGAUGGUCAACAACGUCGACACGCAGCUGUUCAUUACGAAGACGGCCACUCAGCUGCUGUUUGACGGCUACGACGACCCGCUGCUGGACGCUGCCGCCGUCAUCAAGUACCUGGUGAACAUCACAAUUCCGUUCGACAAGUUCGGAUGGUUCUAUAGCAGGAACGGCUCCAACUACUACGACGGCGUGUUUAACAUGGACACGGGCGCCGAGGUCACCCAGCUGGGCCGUCUCCACUACUGGAACAACACAGAGAAGACGAACGCGUUCGAGGCGCCCUGCAACAUGAUCAACGGCUCGGCCGGCGAGCUCUUCCACCCGCGCCGACAGCGAGACUACGUCGAAUUCUACUCCACGGACAUCUGCCGCUCUCUGCGAGUUCCCUACAAGGAGGAGAUGUCCAUGUACGGACUGGACGGGUACAGAUUUCAGGCCGAUGAGAUGAUGUUCGCAGCGCCAGAGACGAACCCCGACAACUGGUGUUACUGCAACGGCGAGUGUCCGCCCGCAGGUCUGCUGAACGAGACUCUGUGCCGGUUCGGAGUGCCGGCGUUCGUGUCGUUCCCGCACAUGUUGUACGCCGAUCCGGCGGUACUGGACCAGACGGUCGGCCAGGAGCCAAACGAGACGCUGCACAACUUCAACAUCGAUCUGGAGCCGCUGACCGGGGUACCUCUGGCCGUCCGAGCCCGCUUCCAGAUCAACAUGCUGCUGAAGAACAACUCGGAUGUUGAUCUGCUGCACAACGUCUCCAGCGUCUACCUGCCGAUGCUGUGGUUCGAGAACACCGUCGACACGACGCCCGACAUCGCCGACCAGUUCGUCACCAUCGUGCAGACGGUGCCGACCGUCAUGUCGGCCGGCAGCAUAACGCUGGCGGCGCUGGGCGGCGCCCUGCUGCUGGCCGGACUCGUGCUGGUCGUGCUGGCCCGCAGCCGGCGGCCGAAGCCCGGCGAGGAGCCGCUGACCGCCAGCAGCACCACCAGCAGUCUGUCCGUCACCGACCGAUGACCGGUCACCUGAUGACCUCGACCUAUGACCGGUCACCCGCCGAUCGCCUACACAGCGGCGCCGAGAUGCAGCGGCCGGCGCGCCCGGGACCACGAGACGGCAGGGAUGCCUGUUAGCUGACCACUGUGCUGACUGAAAGUGACGACGUCACGCUGACGUCAUACUGGAUGAUGUGGGUAUAAUGUCAAGUUCCGCUGGGCUGUGAGACAGUGGAACGACGCUCAAACCGGACUCUCAGACGCGUAAUGGAAUCGUUAGAGCAGAUAGCAGCAAAUUUAAGUGCGUUGGAUGACGCGUGUGCUGUGAUGAUGUGGGGUGUUGAAUGGGUGACGUCACAGGCAUCCUGUUGUUGAUUACUCUGUUAAUUAUGUCAGCGCGCGACUGUCGCUGUCAUUCCGACAGCCAGUACAAACUGCGUUGAGCACUAUUCUUGGUGCUUCGGUGAACGAACGCCGUGUGACUCUGGGAUCUAGUCAGGCCCACCGCAACAGUGCAGUGGGUCGACUUGCCGCGUCGCCCCGCGGGGGGGGGGGGAGGGCGCUUUCCGUGCAUAUCAUUUCCGAUCAUGUGCUUAGCUGGGGCGAGCGCGAGGAUCACGACCGAGAGUCGAUAAACAGUAAGGUCAGUUAGGGCGAGCGCUCGGCGGAGGCUAAUGGUCAGCAGUGACCCCUAUUGGGUCGACUGGUCACUAACCGGGGACCUGGGUGUGUCGCCGAUCGGGAACAGUCGUCAAGUGGCGCAUGAGGCUCUGCAUGCUGUCUAGUGUCUACGUGCGGUGAACUGUGACCCUCUCGCGGGUUCCAGCGGUCAAAGCCGAGGUCCGUAUACGGAGAGACUGUGUACAUUUCCGAUGUCGUUGGCUUCAUUGGAAUGAUCCGCGAGGGUCAAAGAAGCCCCUAUCCAUACCCUAUGUGUAAGUCACAUGACUGGCUGGUGUAUGUACAUAUUGCACUUGGCGAUGUUAUAUGACAAUCAUAAGCGAAUGGGUGAAUGUGUUUAUAUGCGUAUUCUACUCAACAGAAGGUACCAACAAUAAAGAUUUACAACCAAAUGACC